AUGGAUGAGGUGGAUUUUAUAGACGAUAGGCAUAAAGUGCCCCUAAAAGACAUAUUAGAAGUGUACGGACAGCCUAUCAGCGAGGAGCAGGCCUGGGCCCUGUGUUACCAAAGCUGUACCAAGCUGAUAAGCCUCCUGUGUUGGUCGCAUUGGGUGCCAACGUUGGAGGGAGUGGAGAAUAUUUAUAUCUGCGAGGACGGUACCGUGUCUUUUGCAUCUUGUGCUGGUAAGGAAUGUUAAUCGUGAGGUUUAGUCAUGUAACUGGGACGUCUGGUGGGAGAUCGGGCUAAACAACUAGGGAGGGAUUCGCUGAAUUGGGAACAGAAAAAUAAAAUACAAAUUGUAUGACCCAGACUAAAAUCGUUGUACUGGUAGUACAGCUGAAUUAGAGAAUUUUUGUCAAUUUUAUUUUUUUAUUUUUUGUUGUUGUUGUGCAGAGAAAUAUGACAACAUUUGUGAGGUACCCCAACGGCAUUCCUCACGUUACUUUUCAACAUUAAUUACAAUGGGGUAAUUAAGAUUACAUGCACAUUUUUCUUAUUUUUGUUAGUCGCUAGCAAGAGGUAUAUAAAACCGUUACAUCUGAGCUGGUCAUACUUAGUUGAGUAGUAAUUACAAUAAUAUACGAUUGGUAAGUUAUAGGCUAUGCAGACUAAUAUUGGGUGUAGAUUUCUCCACACUGCUUGAAAUUAACCACCGGGGGGCAGCGAGUCACUGGGUUUGCCGGGUAAAGCAUACAUUUAGGUUUAGACAUUUUUAAACUAUGUCCCUGCAGUGAUUAAAGCAACUGUGUUAAGGUCAUAAAUGGUAAGAAUGACAUUGCUAAACUAAAGAAAAUACAGUGCUCUGCUGGGCUGUCAUUAUACAAGGUUAGUAGCUGCUUAGUUACUCCUGUAGUUGCCCUGGGUCGGCUGCCAUCCUGGUCACCAUCAUCAAGUCCCUUAUUUUUCCCGCUGGGUGCUUGAGUGUUUCGGUACUUGCCGGUCAGUGGUACGUUCGUGUCAUUUUCCCGCACCAGCCUUGGGUGCAGAAUAAUGCCUGUAUGCUGCGAUCGCUGCUCCUCUCAGUGUGGGCAGAGUGAGAGUCCUGGUAAAGUCCCCUUAGGUCCGCCAGUAUCACAGGGAAUUGUAGCUUCUGGUUUAUGUAUUUGGGAGCUUGAUCUCCGGCUUGCAAUGGGCGCGGUGGCCAUCUUGGAUUUUGCCACGCGGUUCUUGUGUGAUCGUGUUGCAGCUCAGAUGGUAGAAGCGGUCACUGCCACUCCGGCCCACAGGGGGGAGAACGGGGCCCUCAGUAAGCGUGCGAGAGGUCCUGCCGGAUUAAGCACGGGAGAUCGGCUGCCUCUCCCGCCAGAGCCUCACGACAGGCCUCAAUCUCAGUUGCCCAACAGUCCGCUUUACCGGCAAGACGGGGGCUGAUAUUGACCUCCAGGGUAUUUGCUUGUGUCCCCUUUACCUUCGUGUGGCUGUUGAUCGAUUUUUUGGGAGGGGGGGAAAGGUAAGUUUUGCCUGAUUUUGCUAUUUUCAUAGCGGAGCCGAGGUGCCCCACGUCCAUCCGGCUCGGCGGUCAGGCCCCGCCUCCCAACACUUGGAUUUUAACAUAAGUCAUUGAGGCCAUAAUCCGUUAACUUUGGGAGUGCUGAGGGGAUUCCUUGGGGUCCAGUGGUGUCACCUGGCGUGCGCGCAUGGGAGCACUGUUCCCUGAGUGCUUCCUGUUCAGCUCACUCGCGCGCCGCGAGAAUUUUUGUCAAUUUUUGAUUUGGUUUUUUUUCAAAUUUAUUUCACAUUGCUGUUAAACUCAAUCUGAGCUGGAUGUGUUUUCUGCCUUUUAGAUCAGCUCUGUGAAAAGGCACAGACAAGGCAUUUCAUAGAAUCGACAAUUGAUCUGCUGCAAUGACAUUGUGACUGAGUACGUGAUUUGCUUUUAUUUCCGCUGUGAGAACCCUUGAAUCUCUGAGCUGGCUCGAUAGUCUCAAAGUGGAGUGAAGUCUGUCAAAUCUUCCCAAUUUUAUUGGGAAAAGUCACUUUGUAUUAUAUCUUAACUGCGUUUCAGAACAUCGUUUUGAUGUCAUGCAAAAACUGUGUCUUUCAUGUUGCCACGGGUGUAUUGGAAGGAUCAAAUCCUAUCUUUCCAAUAGGGUGAGUGCGUUUGACCUUUUGUAUUUUGUUGUUUUUAAUAUUGUGAGGUUUUUAGGCUGUACAGAAAUGUCUUAACAUGUAUUUGUUAUGGAGACAAAACCUGGCGAUGAUAUUUAAUCUGUACACUGUGCUAGUUAAAUUGGCAACAAAUGUAUUGAUUAAAUGUCAGAAUGUAUAGAUCACAAGAGAAGCUACAUUCGCGCACUCUGUGACUUAUUUUAUAUCUCCAAAGAUUACAUCAAGCUUUAUCUUGUAUAAACCUAAAAUUUUUAUCAUUAUUUAUGUUCUACCAUUUUUAUCUUAUGGUAAAUGGGACAUUGUAUUAGAAGUCAUUUGAUAUGACGCUCGCUUUCUCUGGUGAAACAUUUUAUUAAAUGACCCUUUAAGGUGCGUUGCAUUGGAUUCCGUCUGGUUUUAGAACGUUACUUUCUGGAACAAUAUAACAAAUCUCUAUGGGUUACUUACUAAAGGGGAACCAUGUGCGGAGUCUCUGGGCACUGGCCGUCAGAUUUUGGUGCCAUAACGUGCCCCCUCUGUAGCCGCACUGAUGUGAAGUGUAAGCUGUCGUACUGUAAAGCUGUCAAACUUUUGAUGACUAUGAGCAGCUGAGCGAGACUGGGGCAGUAUUUAUGACACCAUAACUACCACAAUGAGCUGUAAGGAUUAUGGUGCUUUCGAAUGUCCUUUAAAGACAUAUGACGGAUUGCUAGGAAAAGAUAACCGAACAGGGUUUAUUUAUUAAAGGAACACUAUAGUCACCAGAACAAUUACAACUUAUUGUAUUUGUUCUGGUGAGUAUAAUCAUUCCCUUCAGGCUUUUUGCUGUAAACUGUCUUUUUAGUGAAAAUGCAGUGUUUACAUUACAGCCUAGUGAUAACUCCACUGGUCACUCCUCAGAUGGCUGCUAGGGGUGCUUCCUGGUGCGGUGCUGCACAGUGUGACUGACCUUUAGUGUUUACACCCUCUGCAUGCAGACACUGAACUUUCCUCAUAGAGAUGCAUUGAUUCAAGGGAGAUGCUGAAUGGCCAGGGCUGUGUUUGACUUGUGCUGGCUCUGCCCCUGAUCUGCCUCUUUGUCAGUCUCAGCCAAUCCUAUGGGAAAGCAUUGUGAUUGGCUCAGACCACCACUUUUGAUGUCAGCCAAGCAGGCAGAUCAGAGGCAGCAGAUCUGAAUACAGUUAACAUUUUACUAUAUUUAGGGGUGCAAGGGGGGACUUAGGGGGAUAUAUGGUGUUUGUUCUUUUUUAUUUUUUUAUUUUUUUUUAAUAUACUAUAGGGUCAGCAAUACAUAUUUGUUUCUUUAAAUACUGCAUUCACAAUGUUGCAAAAGUUUGUUUGACCUCAAGUAGUAAAGUCUCCAUCUCAACUUGUGUCUCUAAUCGUGUAAGAACCCCUAACUGCUAAACUCUCUGUGCAGUGUCUGAUCAGGUAAUAUGUUUGCAUUGCAGGAUCUCCGGAUUCCAAACAGUCAGUCAAAGAGGUAAAAAGGAAAAUGUGUGUUUUGUGGAUAAAUGUUUCUUGUCUCCAUUUUACAUCCUUAAAAAACAUCAACAUGUCUUACUUGGUCUGCAUACCUGCUUCCUUCCCUGGGUGUUAUGGGUACUGUCACUGGUUUUCUAGCGGUACAAGGGUAUGUGCCAAAUUUUGACACUGCCCUGCAUUCUUAUAGUAUAUCUUCCAAGUGUCCCGGUUCUGUAUGGACAGUCCCUAUCUUGUGCCCAAUCCUGCAUCCUCCUUGUCUAUCCCAAUGUCCCACUUCUAUUGGAUUCUAUAACAGAGCUUCACAGCAAUAACUCACAGUAAUGCCCUUAAACUGCAAGAAGUGUAAGGUCGGUAGCUGAUAACUGGGAUGCUUAACCUCUGGCAGCCCAGUUAAUACCGCCUGUGUUUAUCUGGACUACUGCAGUCUAUGCUAUCUGAACAGUCGCUGCAUCCAGAUGGUAUCAGGGCUGAUCAGGAAUUCUUUAUGUACAGCUUAGUGUUUGUGUUAUUUUAUUUUUUGUGUGCGCGGGGGGGAUGCAUUUGGGUUUUUGUAUAUGCAGAAUCUUACAUGUCUUCAAUUUUCAUUCCUCUCCUACAUGGUUUAAGUGCCUUGCAUGUUUCCUCUUGCGUUGUGUAACUAUGGCCUUUGCAUAUGUAUCAAAUUUUUUUUUCUCUAUUUAGAUCCUUAAAUUCCUGGGGCAGAUUCUAUACGCGGCGCUGGACUGGGGUUUGACGGAGGAUUUGGAACGUGACCUGACUGAGCCCCUCGGUGACCUGCUUUGCUGUAUGCUGGGCUUCCAAACUGAGAUUAAAUACCCUCUGAUUAACUUCCAGUACUCUUUCACUCUAAAUGACAUCAGGAAGGUGAGCUGCAGUCACAAGGUAGUGAAUUAUUGGGCUCUUCAAAGUAUUUUAUUGAGGUCAUCAGUGAUUAUAAAUCCCCUUCCACCCCAGUCCUGAAUGCUAUCUCUCUGGACUAUUUACUAUAUGCAGAGAGGCAGCUGGACCACAGGUUAAUGUAGUUGUCCCAUUUCUGCUGGUUUUAGCCACUAUUCACAAAGGGCAAAUUGAGAACCAAACUUGUUUUCUUUUCAGCCGCUGUUCAGUUGUCUGUUUAAAUGAGCCACAUAACCUCAUAACAUGGUGGAUUCAAUUAUUCACCAACCGCCAAAUUGCAGCAAAUUGAUAAAGGACUAUCUUUCAUUCAGUCAAUUCAGUUCCCUGAUACAGUUAUCGGAAAGAGGUCUAUGCGAGACGUUCUACGCAGGCCUGGGGAACCAGGGAUCCAAUCUACUCAAUUCCGUGGUUUUUUUUUUUGGGGGGUGGGGGGGUUUAAAUGAAUAUAGAGAAUAUAAAAUCAGACUAAUCUCCAAAAGAAAGUUUAAAAAUGAAUUUGUCAUCCUUUGUUCUUAAGCAUUUUUGGGUGAACCUUGGUGUUGUCUGUCAAGGUCAGUCAUUUCUGGCCUGUUGUCUGUUUCUCCGGCUGAAUCAGUAAUCAUUCCGUGAUUUUUCUAGAUAGACCGUGAUACAUUUUUAUUUUUUUAAACUUUUUUUUUUUUUUUUUUUUUAGGUCUGUGCAGAGCGAUUGUUUUUGCCGUCACAGGCAUCCAUCUACUACCAAACAGUCUGCCGUAUUUAUUAUGCCGAACAUAUGGAGUUCCAGAAACUCUUGUCCACAAUUGAGCAUUCAAAGCAGGUAUCAGUUCUGUUUUACGCCUGCAUCUGGGUGUUAGAAUUUUAAAUGAACCCUGGGUCCAUCAGAUGUAUAGACUGUAAUCUUGGAGGCAUUUUCCACUUUAGUUAUUUUGGCAUAAAAUGUUCAGUUCCUUGGUGAAUCCCCAAUUAUUCAGUUUAGUGCAUAACCCAGUCUAGCUUUAAAUAUUGAUUUCACUAAAUUAUUAGCAAAGCUGUGAUUGGGGACAAAGUGAGCAGCCGUGACCGCCAUAUUCAUUUCUGUUUAUUUCCUUUUUCAGAGUCUGGAGCAAUCUGAAAUGGAAGAGAUUUUAGAAAAAGGUUUCCUUCCUCGAUAUUCCAGCUGGGUAACGAAUAUGGGUUUCUAACUGUAAACUGAAUGUACACAUCUGAAGAUACCUUUGAAACCUUCUCCUUUUCCAUUCCCUGAUUCUUCUGGAACCCUUCACAAUUUGUACUUGUAUAGAAAUAUAACAGAAGCACAAAUCAGAUUUACCUUCACAAGAGCAAGGAUGCAUUACUAAGCAGAAUAAAUUAGACCGCAUCAAGAAUAUACAUUGAUAUUUGCAAAUUGUCUGAUAUAGUAGUACACAAAAAAGAUAAAAAGGGGUACGUUGAUACAAGGGGGUAAUUGAUUGUGAGGAUUGAAAGAGAGGGGUGAUGUAAGAUGUUGGUGGUAUUGGUCUAUUUUUUUGGGGGGGGGGUUGGUUUUGGUCUGUUUGGUUACAAUCAAUGGGUGGUAGGGAUUGUAACAAUGUAGUCUUGGGUCAACAGGUGAGGAUCUUCUCGGAACCUUGAAAAUACAGGGGUGAAAUUAGGCUCCAUGAAUACGUGUAAUGUUGAAUUUUUGGCAAUUGGCACUUAGUUGGAGUUGGUGGCUAACUCCAUAAGCAUUUGUCUUGAACUCCUUGGAAGGGACUGCUUAUAUAGGGAGGAAGGAGAACAUGGAAAGGCAAUAGGUUAAUCAUUAACUAGAAUUGGCUCAAGUGGAGCAGUUAAGACCUAUUUUCCUAAAUUCUGUUAUUCAUGGUCUAGUUUCACUUUUUUAUUUUUUUUCAGUGAGCGUCAGUCCAUUUUUUUUUUUUUUUUAUCUUCAGGGGGAUUUGUGGUGUUGUGUAGUGAAAGAGCUCCGUCAUGGGAUCCGGCUCCGCAACGCUAAGGAGCGUUCCUACGUAGGGCUGACCGUCACACGCAUGCUUUCUCCACAUGAACGAUUAAUGAGGGAUAUACGUUCGAGGCGGUACACGCUACGAAAAGUCAAGGUGAGUUGUAACAACCAAUGUUUUGCCAUUGCCUGGUAAAUUCUAUUGAUUCGUCAAAAGAAGAAUACAAUUAUUGAAAAAUGCGCCUCUAUUUGUUUAACCCUUUAAGGACAAAUGAGAGAAAUAUUCCAUCAUGAUUUCCUUUUAUUCCAGAAGUUGUGUCCUUAGGGGUUUAAAGAAGAGAAAAUCCACAGAUCCCAUUCUCCCCACUCUCUACAACAGGGGUGCCCAAAAGUAGAUCCCCAGAUAUUUUAAAGCUACAGCUUCCAUGAUACUUUGUCAGUCUAAAGGCAUGCAAAGCAUCAUGGGAGUUGUAGUUUUACAUCUGGGGGUCUGCUUUUGGGCACCCCUGACCCUGAAUAUUAGAACAGAGUAAGAAAGAGAGAAAACAAAAUAAAGACUCAAAGGCUUUAAACAAAUUGCUGUUCAUCCGAACUUUAAGCAAUCGGUGGCCAGAGCUGGAUUUGUAUCACAAGCACCUGUAGAAUUAUCUAGCACCCAAUCCACCCUUCCAAACUAAUAACAUGCCCCCCUUGCGUCUCCUCACAGUUACACCCUUCACCCAGUCUCCACUAUCCCUUCAUUACACUACCCAUGUUCUUAGAUUGCAAUUAUAUCCCCAGUCACAUCAAUCUCAGGUAGCCGCCGGUUUCUCCUCUGCCCUACCAUUCGAAGCUAAACAGGAAACUAGCACUAGCGGGAAAUCUAGGUAG